AUGUAUUCUGUAUACGAUAGUGAUACUAUCUCCAAUAUGAGAACGAGAAGUCAAUUCCUUGAAACAUCGUCAUCAUCAUCAGAUGACACAACCGAAGAAGUCGAGAAGCACACAUUCCUUGCUGAUGUCAAAAAUCAAUCUUUCGUCGAUCCAAACGAAACUAUCCGCAUUGAAGGGCAUCCCGAUUUUUACCAUUCAAGUUAUGAUACCAAUGGUGUGGCAGAUCUUCCCGAACUUCUGGGUUGUGGACCAGAUGACAAGGCCUACAUGGAAAGAGAAGAUCAAGGGGUGGUCAUCUUCCCAGCUACCGACACCGACAGUCUACAAACACACGAAGAAUUGAAACAGCAACUUUUUCAAUGGUCCCCACUGCCACUUGAAACAACUCUGCAACUUUGGGCUCAUUGUUCUUUUGAUGUUUUUGAUACAUUGACACUGGCUGCUAAACUCCUCGAGCCACAGCUUCUGCCAUCUUACGUGAAAAGUUUCUUCCAAGCAAAUAUCACUGGAGAACGCUUUUAUCAGUUGAACAAGAAGCAUGAAGAUAUUCGACGUUUUCACUUUGCUCCCAUGUUUGAUAAGAUCGUGGACAGCAAAACAUUGGUAGAUCUUUAUUACAAGGAAAAAAACAAACAAACCCCUGACUGGACAUUUGAAGCAGACAAAGAGUGGAACGAAGAGGAAAUGAUGGCGUUGGAAAAAAGAAUGGCGAAGUCGAAAAUUCGAAUCAUAACCAAUGUCCCAAUCGUGACUACUGAUAUUCGAGAGCCAAAAAAAAUCAAUCUUAUUCAUCUUCUCUUACUUGGCUUCCUACUGCAAUGCCUGCGUUCUUCUCUGGAACUGGAUGAAGGAAAACGAUCUCCAGAAACUGGAUUCUGA